AUGCUCAGACAACGUCGACAGAGGGGUCAUUCUACGGCUUCUCAGCAUUUGCUGUCUACGGUGAACCUUUUGUCAUCCCCGCAGCCGGCCACAUCGCUUUUGCAGCAGAACCGACGCGUUAGCGGUACCGCCCGCUGUGCCAACGCCACUGGUGUCGACACUGAGUCAAUCGCCAGCGACGUUGCCCUGGUGCAACAACCCCAUCACCUCCAAGCCUUGCACGGUUCCAAGUCUCAUCACACAUAUCUCUCGACAUCCUUUCCGCACUCAUACGGCACUGCACAAUGCCGACACGCGAUUCGCCUUCGCCGGGCGUCAGACCAUCGGCCAAACGUCGUCGCCAAGCGUCGCCGAGUCAGGACGACAGCGACUUUGACCACGACAGCACGACCGGACGAAGCAAAGCGGGCCAAUGUGCCAGCUUCCGCAAUGUCAGCGCGUGCACGCGUUGCCGGAUGCGCAAGAACCGGUGUGACCAGCGUUUGCCAAGCUGUGCAAGCUGCGCAAAGGCUGGCGUAG